GCGGCCAGGCCCGGGCCCCCCCGACCCCCGAGCGCGCCCCCGCGGCCCUUCCCUCGGACACCGGCGGCGGGGCUGUGCACGCAGCCCGGGAAAGCGUUGAAGCUGGCCAGCACAAUGGGAAAAAAGCAGAACAAGAAAAAGGUGGAAGAGGUGCUGGAGGAGGAGGAGGAGGAGUACGUGGUGGAGAAGGUCCUGGAUCGGCGCGUGGUCAAGGGGAAGGUGGAAUAUCUGCUCAAGUGGAAGGGAUUCUCUGACGAGGACAACACCUGGGAGCCCGAGGAGAACCUGGACUGCCCGGAUCUGAUCGCGGAAUUCCUGCAAUCCCAGAAAACCGCCCACGAGAGCGAGAAAUCCGAGGGCAGCAAGCGCAAGGCCGAGUCAGACACGGAGGACAAGGGGGAGGAGAGCAAGCCAAAGAAAAAGAAGGAAGAGUCGGAGAAGCCGCGAGGCUUCGCCCGAGGCUUCGAGCCGGAGCGAAUCAUCGGAGCCACGGACUCCAGCGGGGAGCUGAUGUUCCUGAUGAAGUGGAAGAACUCGGACGAGGCCGACCUGGUGCCCGCCAAGGAAGCCAACAUCAAGUGCCCGCAGGUGGUGAUCUCGUUCUACGAGGAGAGGCUGACAUGGCACUCCUACCCCUCAGAGGACGAUGACAAGAAAGAGGACAAGAACUAAACCCCGCCAGCCCCCGCUCCGGGCAGCCCUGGGGGUGUUUUUUGGGAAAACCAUCGGAACUUUUGUGGGGUGUGAGCAAAGGAGGGGUUUGGAGGUGCCCUUGGAAGAGCCCCCCCAGGCCGGUUCCUGUGCCCUGCAGCCGCUCCUCUGCUCCCUGCCGUGUCCAGAUUCCAACCAGAAUCCCGUGGAAUUGCAGAUUCCAUCGGGGAGGGGGGG